AUGAAUGAAAUAACAGUUAGUGGGAAUGCUCGAACAAACAAUAUUUGCGAAGGCUGGAACAGUUCUUUUAGGAGUUUAGUGGGCCAUUCUAACCCGUCAAUUUGGACCUUACUGAGAGCUUUCCAGCCCAGUGAAAACAGGCCCUUGGUCGUGCGAAAGCCGAUCAGACUCGACGGCCCAGUGAAAACAGGCCAGGGUUGUGCGAAAGCCGACCGACUGACUGACAGGCCCAGUGAAAACAGGCCCUUGGUCGUGCGAAAGCCGAUCAGACUCGACGGCCCAGUGAAAACAGGCCAGGGUUGUGCGAAAGCCGACCGACUGACAGACAGGCCCAGUGAAAACAGGCCUUGGGUUCUGUGA